AUGGCUACCAACAUUACCUGGCACCCUUCUCUAUCGCGCAAGGAGCGCGAAGAGACCCGCGGCCAGCGUGGUCUCACCAUCUGGCUGACCGGUCUCUCUGCCUCUGGCAAGUCCACCGUCGCCACUGCUCUUGAGCAGCACCUCCUUCACCUGGGCGUCGCCGCCUACCGUCUGGAUGGCGACAACGUUCGCUUCGGCCUCAACAAGGACCUUGGCUUCUCCGAGGCCGACCGAAAUGAAAACAUCCGCCGCAUCUCCGAGGUUGCUAAGUUGUUUGCCGAUUCUUCCACCAUCGCUAUUACCUCCUUCAUUUCUCCCUACCGAGCGGAUCGCCAGGUCGCCCGUCAGCUACACGAGCAGGCUACUCAAGGCGGCGACGAGCCUAUCCCCUUCGUCGAGGUCUACGUCGAUGUGCCUCUCGAGGUUGCUGAGCAGCGCGACCCUAAGGGUCUCUACAAGAAGGCUCGCGCCGGUGAAAUCAAAGAUUUCACUGGCAUCUCUGCUCCUUAUGAGGAGCCCGAAAAGGCUGAGAUCACCAUCAAGACUCACGAGAACUCUGUUGAGGAAUGUGUAGCUCAGAUCGUUGAGUGGCUCAACGAGAAGGGCUACCUCAACAAGAAAUAA